UCGUAGUAAAUUAAUGUUGCUCUUUCCUCCAAUUUUAAAAUCAAAAGUUAGAUUAGCAGCGAUAUUUCACUUCACUUUGCCUGAAGAACUAAGUAAAGAAUUCAAUGGCUGGAGGUUCCAAGUUUGCUACAUACCAGGAUGAGGCAGUCCCAGAAAUAUUGGAUUGAAGGAAUCUUCUGUAAAAGAGAAUGUUCAAAGAUUAUACCGGCUUCCAAAGAUCCACACAGAUGCAAUGGAGGAUGCCAGGUGUGCCACAACCUUAUCAGGUGUUGCUGUGGAAGGUUAAUUGGAGACCACCCUGGAAUAGAUUAUGACUGGCCAAUAUAUACUACACCUCAGGAAGUAAAUGAUGAAGAAUGGUCAGUGCAGAAGCAUACAAAGACCACCCCCACAGAUGCUUUUGGCACUAUUAAUUUCCAGGAUGGUCAUCACACAUACCACGCAAAGUAUAUAAGAGUAUCCUUUGACACCUCUUCGGACCAACUGAUGCAACUGAUGAUAAAAGAAUGGCAGAUGGAACUUCCCAAACUAGUGAUUUCUGUCCACGGAGGGGUCCAGAAUUUUAAGCUUCCUUCAAAAGUCAAGCAGGUCUUUGGCAAAGGCUUGGUAAAAGCUGCAGAGACUACCGGGGCAUGGAUCCUGACAGAAGGCAUUAAUAUAGGAGUGUCCAGACAUGUAGGUGAUGCCAUAAAAGCCCAUGCUUCCCAGCACUUAAGAAAAAUAUGUGCCAUCGGGAUUCCACCCUGGGGAGUCAUUGAGAAUCAAAAGGAUCUUAUUGGAAAAGAUGCAGUCUGCCUUUAUCAAACACUGGUUAACCCACUGAGUAAGCUCACCACUCUGAACACUAUGCAUUCCCACUUCAUCAUGGUGGACGAUGGCACUGCCGGAAAAUAUGGAAACGAAAUGAAACUGAGAAGAAACCUUGAGGAAUACAUAUCUCUUCAGAAAAUACAUACCAGAAUGGGACAAGGUGUUCCUGUAGUCGGCAUAGUUGUAGAAGGAGGUCCAAAUGUUAUCUUGAUGGUGUGGGAAUAUGUCCGCAGCACUCCAUCUAUUCCUGUGGUGGUUUGUGAGGGGACAGGGAGAGCGGCAGAUAUCUUGGCGUUCACACACAAGCACACAGCCGACAAAAGAGAGAUUUCUGCACAACUGAAGGAUGAAAUUCUGCAAAUGAUUCAGCAGACAUUUAGUCUCGGUCAUAGACAGGCUAGCCAUGUGUUAUCUAUUCUUAUGGAGUGUAUGGAGUGCCGGGAUUCCAUUACCAUUUUUGAUGUAGAAUCGGAAGAACAACAAGAUAUUGAUAUAGCAAUUUUGACAGCCCUUCUAAAAGGAACUAACAUGUCGGCACCGGACCAGCUGAGCCUGGCUCUAACUUGGAACAGAGUGGAUAUCGCUAAGAAACAUAUCCUAGUGUAUGGCCAGCACUGGAAAGUUGGUUCUUUGGAAAAAGCCAUGCAGGAUGCCUUAGUAAUGGAUCGUGUGGACUUUGUGAAAUUAUUGAUAGAAUAUGGGGUGAACAUGCACCGUUUCCUCACCAUAAGCAGAUUGGAAGAAUUGUACAAUACUAAACAAGGACUUACAAAUCUGCUUUUGUACCAUCUUGUUGGUGAUGUAAAGAAGAGUAACCUCUCCCCGGACUAUAAAAUUACCCUAAUAGAUGUGGGAUUAGUAAUUGAAUGCUUGAUUGGAGGAGCUUAUAGAAGCAGCUACACAAGGAAGAGUUUCCGCACCCUUUACAACAGUCUUUACCGAAAGCAAAAGAGGACCCAUAAUUCUACUAACAACCUUGCACGGAGUUUGUCUCAUCUUUCAUUAAGCCAGAACAGCCAGAUGAACAGCAAGCUUGCUUCACCUGAGAAUACCUUGCAUUCCCAGUUCCUCCGGACAGCACAGCCUUAUAAGCGCAAGGAAAAGACUACAAACACAUUGAAGUCAAAGAAGAAACCCAAGGAUGAGACGAGUUCCGCAGAGGACCCUGAGUUAGCCGGUUUUGUUUAUCCCUUCAAUGACCUCUUGGUUUGGGCAGUGCUGAUGAGGAGACAAAAUAUGGCCAUGUUCUUUUGGCAGCAUGGAGAAGGAGCCAUGGUGAAGGCAGUAAUUGCCUGUAAACUAUACCGAGCCAUGGCACACGAGGCAAAGCAGAGCAACAUGAUCGAUGAUACAUCAGAAGAGUUAAAGAAAUACUCAAAGGAAUUUGGGCAGCUUGCUCUGGACCUCUUAGAAAAUGCUUUCAAAAUGAAUGAGCAAAUGGCAAUGAAACUUCUGACAUGUGAGCUGAAGAAUUGGAGCAGCUCUACCUGCCUAAAACUAGCAGUGUCAUCUGCCCUGCGCUCCUUUAUGACCCACACAUGCACACAGAUGCUGCUGACGGACAUGUGGAUGGGGUGCUUGAAGAUGAGGAAGAACUCUUGGCUCAAGAUAAUUUUAGGAAUUCUGUUGCCACCCUGCAUCUUGAUGUUGGAGUUUAAAACGAAGGCAGAAAUGUCCCAUGUACCUCAGGCACAGGAAUCUCACCAAUUUGCCAGGUUUUAUGUAGAUACCCCUUCUCCUAAUAUGCGGUUGGAACACAUAGUGCAAAGCUUUGAUGCUGAAAGGGGUGCGAAAAAUUCAACCGAAGAAAAAAAUAAUGUACAGGGAAAUCUGUCUAUAACUAGAAAAAUUAGCAAGUUCUACAGCGCCCCUAUUGUCAAGUUUUGGUUUCACACUAUGGCAUACCUGGUCUUUCUAAUGCUAUUCACAUACGUAGUGUUGGUGAAGAUGGAGCCGGUGCCCAGUGUCCAUGAAUGGCUGGUCAUUACCUAUAUCUUUACUAAUGCUAUUGAGAAAGUCAGAGAGGUUUUUAUGUCAAAACCAGGAACAUUCUCUCAGAAAGUCAAAGUCUGGCUAAAUGAAUACUGGAAUGUAACUGACUUCAUAGCUAUUAUUUUAUUUGUGAUUGGUUUUGCUCUUCGCUGGCCUGAUCCACCUCUGCAAACAGCAGGGAGAAUAAUUUACUGUCUGGACAUCAUAUUUUGGUAUACACGACUUCUAGAUUUCUUUGCUGUGAACCAACAAGCUGGACCUUACAUUACUAUGAUUGGAAAGAUGACAUCAAACAUGUUUGGCAUUGUGAUUAUCAUGGCUAUUGUUCUGCUGGCCUUUGGUGUGGCUCGCAAAGCUAUUCUUUCCCCAUUAGAACCACCUUCAUGGACAUUGGCUCGUGACAUUGUAUUUCAGCCAUACUGGAUGAUGUUUGGUGAAGUCUAUGCCAGUGAAAUAGAUGCAUGUGAAGAAGAUCCAGAUUGUCCUCCUGGCUCAUUCAUCACCCCGUUUCUACAAGCUGUCUACCUUUUUAUUCAAUACAUCAUAAUGGUCAACUUGCUGAUUGCUUUUUUCAAUAAUGUGUACAUGGAGAUGAAAUGCAUUUCUCACAAACUGUGGAAGUAUAACCGCUACAGAUACAUCAUGAUGUACCAUGACAAGCCAUGGCUACCGCCUCCAUUUAUUCUGCUGAGCCAUAUUUAUCUGCUCAUUCAACGCCUUUGCCAACAUCAUAAUCACAAUGAGAAUGACCAAGAUGAAGGUGAUGUUGGAUUAAAACUUUAUCUCAGUGAUGAAGAAUUGAGAAAACUCCAUGACUUUGAGGAGAAGUGUGUAGAAACAUACUUUCAUGAGAAAGAUGAAAGUUUACACUCAAGUGACUGUGAAAGGAUUCGUGCUACAACUGUGAGAACUGAAGAAAUGUUCAUGCAGCUUAAGGAGAUGAAUGAGAAAGUUUUCUACAUAAAGGAUUCCCUGAUAUCUUUGGACAGUCAACUGGGACACUUACAAGACCUUUCAGCCUUGACAGUGGACACAUUGAAAGUGAUCUCAGCAGUGGAUACAUUACAAGUAGAAGAGGGGCUUAUAAAAGACCAGAAAACAUUGUCAUGCCAGAAGAUACCUCAUAGUUGGAGUAAUGUCACAUGCUUUGAGAACAACAGACAGUAUAAUUAUUACAGCGUGCCACCUUCACUGCUGAGGACAUUGGCAAGGAGCCAGUGGCCUUCUGAGUGCCAUGAUCCUUCUGAGCAGAUGUGUUCAUAUCCUUUACAAAAUUGUAAUACAAAAGAUUCUGAGACAGAAAGUGACACUGUCACUUCUAAAACAUCUUCAGAGAACAAGUCUUCACAGUAUGGGAAUUUUUUGCUGGUUCCCUCAAGUCCUGUUGGAAAGUUAUAUUCUGAUGAACCUGUUUUGGAGUUUUCUGUUCCUGAAGUUUUUGAUAGUGAUGAGGCUGAUUUCAAAGAAAGUAAAACCAAAGGUGAUAUUUGUACCCCUCAAACUGACCUUAAUGCCAGUGGCCAAGAAGAUUCAGGGAACGGUGUAACUCAAGUGGCAACCAAAGAUGAGCUAAAGCUCCCACAAAUAUGUGUAGAACAACACACUGUUGACCUCGUUGGUGAAACAUCUCUUGGUUGCUCGGCAGGAGGUUUUGUGAACUGGGCAUUUUCAGAAGAAGGCGAAGUUGGAAUAUUUAAUGGUGGCAAGAACCAGAAACGGUGCAUUCACCCCAACCACUGUGAAGACUGUCAGUGUUUUAAUAGCUUUGAUCAAACGAGUCUUGUCAAGGGCACACAUAUACAUUUUCAUAGCUCUGGUAAAGAUGUACAAACUGAGGCCCAGCAUCAGAGGACCCCAGUCUGGGUCAGCACUUCUCCUAUGAGCUGGAAUUUCCGUAAAAGUCAAAAGGAUAGGAAGCAUGGGAAGAUAAGUACAAUAAAAGAGUUUGCUAAAGGCCCUGAAUUCAAUCAAGUUGCAUGGGCCAAAGAGAAAAUCCGGAACACUUUCAGAAGAUCAAACAAAGGGAAGAAAAAACAAUCUCAGCUUCAAGUGCCUGUGAUUACUGUUGAUUGUUGCUCUCAGAGCACCCAGAUGAGCUCAGAACCAGCAGAAUGCUGCAUCAUGGAGAAUGACGAAGAGGAACAUAGAAGGAACAGGCUAUCAGUAUCCAGUUUUAAUCAACUAAGUUUAGAGCACACGACUUAUGUACGGCAGCAACUUAAGGCUCAAGAAAUUGGAAGAAAUCUAUUACAGACAAAUGAAUACUUGAGACAUUCCCGAGAGGAGCUUCACAAUAGCACAGCUCAGCUGAAAAGGAGUUCGUUAUUUAGAAGUUCAGAUUCAAGUAAAAAAAUGUCGGCUUCUUUAAAAGCCUCUCAAGACUUAAACAAUCAUUACUCAGCGGUGGAAAGAAAUAACUUGAUGAGACUUGCACAGACAAUACCAUUUACCCCAGUGCAUCUCUUUGCUGGAGAAGAGGUUACUGUAUAUAGACUUGAAGAGAGUUCGCCAACCAGUCUGGAUAAAAGCAUGUCCUCAUGGUCUCAGAAAGGAAUGGCAGCAAUGCUUCAGGUCCUUUCUCCUGAAGAAAUGGAUGGAGGUCUGCGCAGAGCUCUAAAAGUAGUCUGUACAUGGUCGGAACAUGAUGUUUUGGAUCCCGGAAAAGUCUUCAUAGUCAAAUCAUUUCUUCCUGAAGUGGUGCAAACAUGGCAGAAGGUUUUCUGUGGUGACACUGUAUUGCAACUUUGUCUAAGGGAAAUUCAGCAACAGAGGGCUGCACAGAAGCUGAUCUACACCUUCAAUCAGUUGAAACCGCACAGUAUACCCUAUAAAUUGAGAUUCCUAGAAGUCUUCUUAAUCUAUUGUCAUUCUGCAAAUCAGUGGUUGACAAUAGAAAAAUAUUUGACAGGAGAAUUCCGAAAGUACAAUAACAACAAUGGGGAUGAAAUCACACCCACUACUUUACUGGAGGAAGCAUUGUUGUCGUUUUCUCACUGGACUUAUGAAUAUACCAGGGGAGAAUUACUUGUUCUUGACCUGCAAGGUGUUGGAGAAAAUCUUACAGACCCAUCUGUUAUUAAACCGGAAGACAAGCAGUCAAGAGGUAUGGUGUUUGGACCAGCCAAUUUAGGAGAAGAUGCACUUACAAACUAUGUUUCCAAACAUCGCUGCAACUCUUGCUGUCGGAAACUCAAACUGCCUGAUAUGAAAAGAAAUGUCUACUCACCUGGGAGGAUCAAUCUUGGGUUUGAAAUUGGAGAAGCAGACACCGAUGAAGACAUUUUGGAACAUAAUACAAAACUGUAGAACAACAUUCCGCAGAGCUUUGCCAAAUUCUCUCCACUGGAAGCUGUUGUAUGAUAUUGGUGGACAGACACCAUCCACCUGAAUGCAAGAAUUAUUGUCACCUGAUCAUACAUGUUUUCCUAAACAUUAGACAGUUAUGGCCUACCAAUGGACCUUCAUUCAUCUAUGAAGAAAUUUUAUUCUUGCAGGAGUAAUAUUCUGGUACACUGAUCAACUUUAGAUUGAAUGUGCAACUUUACAAUAAAGUGCCAGAUAAUCGUUUGCCUAUGUUCAAUUACCAUG